GGCCAUUCUGAGAGACGUAAAUAAUGGCAAUGGAUGAUACUAGGUGUCAUCUGGUAAAAUUGGAACGAUAAAGGGAAGAUUAGCAUGGCCCCUGCGCAAGAAUGACAUGAUACUAAGUGUCAACUUGUUUAUAAAUAGCACAACUGGUCUUUUUCAAGUAGAUCAUCAAGGGAAUUUUUCUUAUCCAGACUCCAAACAUCUUAAAGAGCUAUUUUUCGGACGAAAUUAUCCCGUCUUGGAUGAAAACAAUUUACUCCCACUACUUUCAAGUUCCUCUAUAUAUAAGGGGUACUGAUGAAAUCUCAAAGUGCACCACAGAUGAGCCCGAGAGUGCACAACAAGCAUAUUGCACUUUUUCCUUAGUUCUGUUUUGACAAGAAAAUUUCUCGAUAUUAUUGAAUAUUGUGUCAACGCCAUUCAAACAGUGGUUGAAAUGGAUAGGGUCAGAGAUUUGGCAAUGAAGAAAGCCGCAGUGAUCUUCACCAAGAGCUCAUGUUACAUGUGCCACAGCAUCAAGGUACUGUUUUACGAACUUGGUGCAAGCCCCGCAAUUCACGAGCUUGACCAAGAGGGGAGUGGUAGAGAGAUGGAGUGGGCCUUACAAGGGCUCGGGUGUACGCCUUCUGUCCCGGCAGUGUUCAUUGGAGGGAAAUUUGUGGGCUCAGCAGAAGAAGUCAUAUCUCUUCAUGUCAAUGGGUCUCUGAAACAAAUGCUCAUUGAUGCAAAAGCAAUCUGGUUCUAGUGGAAGUCCCAGAUCAAGCUAUGCUAUCUUAGAGUUCAGUUACUCUGUUGUUGUAUGAGAGGCUGGACCGUAUGAACAUGGCCAAUCUAAGUCAAAUUUUGUGGCAGUCAGUGGUUUAUAUGCUUUGUAAACUUCAUAAACUUGAAAGAAAGAAAAAAACUGGAACCAAAAGUAUGUUCUAUUCUAAGCUUGGCAGAUUUUUCUGCUGUUAUUUUUCCAGUAGCAGUACUGCAAUUCAGUUUAUGCACUUCAAUUGCCCACUUAGCUUUUGCGACCAGAUGAUGUUUUAGUGAAGUGUGUAAACUUUCACUGAAUGAAGUUCCCAAAAUGCACUACUUUGAAAUA